AUGCCGAAACGGAAUCAAAUUAUUCAAACCCCAAUUUCAACGGCCACGAGUCACUCGGAUGAAGAGUCAAUGACGGAAGAUGUUGAGAAACCAUUCCAGCCCAACUCGGAAUUGUCAUCGUCUUCCAUUUUUCGUUGGUGCUUUUCCAUCAAGUUUUGUUUAUCCUUUCUGAUUGCCGUGUUCAUCUUGUUUGGAGUGGUCAUUAUUUCUGCGGUAUGGCUUGGAACUUUGAUCCCACCCAAUGUGGUUCUGAGUCAGGAUGUCAGACGUGCUGAUUUCAAUGGAAUCAUUUCCAAGAUUUCACGUACUUUGCAAGAAGUUGAAUUAUCGACAGAAGCCAUGAAAAGUCAAAUGAAUCCCUUGUUGGAUUUUAAUGAUUUUGAAAAAUUUGAACUGGCUCUCUAUUCUGCAUACAAGUAUGAUUUUCAGAAAACACAAGGGUUGGUAAAAACAUCACAUUUUGGAGACAAUAAGGGUAAUGGAAUUGGAAUGACCAUGAUUCCUAGUAUGGGUCCAAUUCUCUUCAAUUUCACUCCAGCUCAGGCAGUUGUUUACUUUUGCAAUCCAGAUUUUGACAAGUAUGACCAUUGUAAGAGAAAUGCAGCACCUGACAUGGUGUCCAGCUCUGGAAGCACUGCAGAUUUUAUGAAUCGUUGCAAUGCCUACCCAAAUCUGUCAUCAUGGUUUCAAAGUUUUGUAAUGGAAACAAGUGUGAAUUUUGACACUUUUGUAAACUUUGUGACUUGUUUCAAGUUGGAUGUGCCUGAUGCUAAAGGAAACAAAUUUAGACAAUUCUUUUACAAAUCUUUGACUGUGGUGAGCUUUUCAGAGUAUUUGCACAAUAUGACCAUGACUAUUAGCGGUUCCAAGAGCUUCAUUGUCGAACUUGGUACUGAUUAUCUAUUAGCAAGUAAGUUGUGA